UGUAAACAACCCGCGCACCGUUUUGUUUAUUCGAUACUCGCGCAAAAUUUCGUGAUCCGCGGAUUUCAGUCCAGAAAUACAAAUUCACGCCUAGUCAUCCUAAUGAAUCGCGUUUUUGUUCCGUAAUCCUUGAAAGUUUGUCCUUCGGUAACCGGUUAGUGAGUGAACAAUCGCAAAAUGUCCACGGAAAGCGCCUUCGACUACAUUGAAACGAUUCAGAUUGGCGACCACCCAACGGACAUCGUUUACCACCGGUUCGCAAACAAAUCUUUCCUGUUGAUCACCCAGCGCCAGAAAGUGACCAAUGUGUACACGGUGCGGAACCAGGCCGCCGGUGAGCCGGGUGGUGCUGGUGGAGGAGGCGGAUCGAAUCGGAUCUACGCGAUAAAGCACACUUUCGGAGCGGCUUCGGACGAGGCGGAAGCGGCAAUUAGGUAUUUGAUGAAUUUUAUCAAUAAGGAUGAUGAAAUUGUGAUUACGUUGGGCUUGAAGGAAGUUGAUAAGGGCUCGCUGGAUCAGAUUGGUGCCCUGCUUAGGAAGAUUGUUUGAAAAGGGUGGAAUUGUGGGUAUUUCGAAUAAAUUUGUUUGUAAUAGGAAA